AUGGAGAGCUUGCCGCCGAGAAAGCCUCCCAACCCGACGCUGCCAUAUCGUGAAGACUGCUGGAGCGAAGGAGAGACGUCGAAGCUCGUUGACGCUUGGGACAAUCGGUACAUUGAGCUCAGCUGGGGGAAUCUCGGCAAGUACUGGCAGAAGGUCGCUAAUGCUGUGAACUCGCGGCCGGUAGGAGCACCACCGCUCACCAAAGUGCAGUACAAGAACCGGAUCGAUACUCUUAAGAAGAAGUACAAGGUCAAGAAGGCCGGGAUCGUGGAUUCCGGCAACGCCCUCAUUAGCCAAUGCCAAUUCUUUACUCGCCUCGAUGCUCUCAUCGGUUCCUCCAUCUCCAGGUCGAGGAAACCUUCACCGCCUUCACCCCCGCCACCGUUGGCCUUGCCACUCCCGUACCACCAGAAGAGCUCCCCUCUUUCUCUCCCCACCGCUGAUGCAGUCUCAUCCCGUCCGGAGAAGCGCCACCCGCCAGUGCUGCCUCUUAUGAAUGAUUCCUUCCGGAGAAGGUUUACUGCCGUCGUAGCAGCCGCCGAAGAUUAA